GAACCACCAAACUGUCAACAUUCAAAUCACGCUGCUUGUAAUAUGCCGCUGAGCGCCCCUAACGCUAGACAACCAUAAAAGUCACUGUUGCCGCGGAACAGUGCGUUAAGUGAUGCCGCAAAAUGGUCACCAAAACUACAACAAACAACAAUUUACAUAUGAAUAAUAACGAGGAAAAUGAUAUCGAUCAGGAUGAUGGCAUGCAGGAUCUGGGUUUGCCAGUAUCAUUGCAGACCUUCCUCUGGCGUCAGAUUGCACCUUUCAUAAGGCCGAAAUUGGGCAAAUUGCAUGAGGCUAGUUGCAUGUUUUGCCAACACGCACCAGGACAUCAUGAAUCGAAAGAAGCUUGCAAGUCCUUCGAAAAAGUACUCGUACAAAAUAUACAAUUCGGCUUGUCACCGCCGCUCACCAAAGCGCUGGGCGACAUACCACGUUGGCGUCUACUGCAGGCGGCGUUGCCACAUGUUAUGCACUGUGUUGCCGCCUUACUGCACAAUCGCGUCAAAGAUAUGCAGGCGAUUGGUCCCGUAGAAACCAAGCUACUAUACACAAUGCAAUGGAUAUUGCUGUAUGCCGCCGAGGAAUGUGCCGACGAUGAGGGUGGUAAUGAAGUUUUAGGCGAUGAAACACCGAAGCAAAAGUCGAUGGAACAGUAUUUAUUUUCGGUACCCACAAUAACGCUCUUCGUCUACUUGUUUGCGCCCAUUAUACAUCACUUGAAAGAGUCCGAUUUUCAGAACUUUCGUUUGGAAAAUGGCAUUAAGUUGUGGCAGGGUAUGUGGGAUAAUCGUGCACCAGGCGCGCCAUGUUUUACGGCACCUGUAAAGCCGAAAGCGCGUAAUUUGCUAUGCGCACCGUCACCAAAGGGCUCCACAGAUGUCUUUCCAGGGCGUAAGCAAUCAUCUAAUGUUGAUGAAGCCACAUCGCCGAAACCUGAAUCGCCGCAAAGCCAGCAGUCUGAGCAUACGAGGCAAGACGAAGAUAAUUCAUGGGUUUCAUCGCCAAAAGAAUUUGCUUUUCCCGAGACCAUACCAGAAGAGGCGUCAAGCGUGGAGGAUGAACGUGUUGUAAUAUUUCGUUUACCCUCUGCACCACAUCUCAUGGAUAAUUCGUUCUUCACGGCCGACGCGAGCUUGUUGCAGCAACAGCAAUCGCAAAGUCGACGCGGCAGCCGACAGUCGGUACACUCACGAGACAAAGACAAGCCGGCAACGAAAUUCGAAUUCGACCAGCAAGAGUUAAUGCGUGGCGCUUCGGUUAAGGAAAAACGUAGUUCUUCGAUGGAAAAAGAGACCGAGUCGGACAAAUCAGACAGCAUGCACGUAGACGUAUCGGCCGCCACCUUUCUAGAUGUGGCCGUACUGCGUUGUCUCUUCAUUUCACACUGGCAGGAGGAGGGAAUAUUCUGGAGCUUGCAGUACAUGUACAAUCGUCUAAGUGAAAUCGGCGAAGAGGCCUCUAUUACGUUGAAUCAACCACGUAAACGCUCUAAUUCGCUACCCAUACCACAAAUCGAGAUUUCAUUAUACCAAGGACCGGGUAGCAAUAGUCGUGACAGCCCGAGCAGUUCGGUAGCCAAGGACUAUAUUGAAAUACCAGAACCGUCCAUAACAGCGUGCUUAGUUGAAGAGUCCAGCCCAACAGUGGAACGCCGCGGUAGUGAGAAGAAGAAACGCGUCAAAAUGGCGGAUUUGCGCGCAUUCGUCGAAACGAAAAUGUUCUCGAAAUCCGAGAAGAAUCUUGAAAAAGUAGGCCUAGAUACAUGCUCUGCUAAUGGCAAGAGACCACUGCAACAUGCAGAAUAUCAUCGCAGUCUGGACACCGGUGAGAAAAAGCUCUCACGCUCGGCUUCUAUGAUCACUAGAGAACCGGCGAGUAAUCUCAUCAAAGGCAAAUCGAUGCCAAGUUUAAGCUGUCUUCUUGAUAGCGGGUACGUAGAGCCACCGAAAGCGAUGCGUCCCUCCCAGUCGACCGGACCACGUACGGCCUUCUAUCCGCGCAAUCCCAUAAUCACCGUCACGGAACACACGCCCACACCGUCGCCAGAUUAUCUCAAACGCCAGGGCUCCAUCGAUUCACAGUUGGACGCGCUAAGCAAUGGUGGCAGCAUUAGUGGUAUGGCGGGCGGCACCAGUGGCAGCGGUGGCGGUAUUGCUGGCGCUGGUGUCACAACCGGUCGUUUCCGCGGUCAAAUGCUACGUUCGCACACCGACUCGCACAUCGAUUAUACUGGCGUGGAGUCGGAAGCACCUGGCAGCUCAUUCUAUAUAACACGCGAUGGCGGCAUCGAUUAUGAAAUUGUUUUGUUGGCGGUUUAUAAUAUCUUCAAGCGAGACAUGUCCAUUUGUUCGCAGCGUGUACUCGAAGCGGGUUUGAAUAUUUGCGAAUUGCUACUGGAAAUGGGCGUGUUGAAGUUGGGCGAGCAUGCGCACGAGAUAUCGAUGGGCAUUGUAAAGCGUGCGCUACUAAUUUUGGGUUGCCACAAUGGCUGCAAUGAUGGCGCACGCGGUCCGCCGGCAGAUUUCCUGCGCAGCCAGUGCCAAAAGAUACUCUCGCGCAUACUACGCCAGGCUAGCCAACGCACCAAGCGUUACUUGCAGCAAAUGGUAAAAACGUCCGACUUGCAUGAAUUGGUGGACUUCUUUCACGCCUUUGUGGCAUUUUGCGUGGAUCCAAGCUCAUUGUUGUCGCCGCUGAGCGGCCAAGGUGGCUACUCGACCAAUUUCAGUGGCGGCUUGAGUGGCGGUCCGGAAUCACAAGUGAUUGCAGCUGUCUUCAAACCGCUCGUGACACGUUUCGUAGAGGCAACAAAGGAUCUCAAGUCACCAGAAAGCUCGCCACUCUACAGCGAUAUACGACAGUUGGUUACUUAUGUGAAGGGUGCACAUGGCGGACCAUUCCGAUUGGUGGCGCUAAGUGGCAUAUUAGCUGUGACGCCGCGACCGCAUAAGAAGGGACCCGUGGCACAAACAACGCGUGUCAUAAGACACAUACCGCAGGCGGAAGGAGCUCAAAGCAUACCAAACGAUGAUAACCGCUCACAACGUCGUCUCUUACUUAAAAAGCGCAGUACAUCAUCAGCUUGUGCUGUGAGCCUAUUGGAAACGGAGCCGUGUGAGGAGCAUUACAAAAGCAGUCAAUCGCCAUUGAGUAAUUUCCGCCGUCGCACCACAGGUGUGCGACCCACGCUUACACCGCGUCACAGCGAGCGUGCAUUGCUCUCUGACUCCACUUCGAGCUCGGAGCGUAAUUCGCUUGGUCGCUUGAGUGGUUUGGUGCGUUGGUUUCGCAGCACACCGAAGGAGGCUUCAUCUAUCGAUUUAGAAAUUGGUUCACUCAAUCCGGAAAUUACUUCUACUUUCAUACGGCACGCCUCGUUGAAGAUACAACGUGGGCGCACCAGUGACGGCAUUGGCCGCUCAAUACAACGCGCUAAGCGGCGUGUAGAACGGCGUUUAAAUCGUUUUGGCGGUAUCGUUAAGGGUAAGAAGAAAGCGGGCGGUAUUGAGGAAACCGCCGACUAUAGUCGACGUAGCUCUUCAGAUAUGUGUGAUGGGCCACGUGAGUCGGAAGUAGUAGUUUUAAAGGAGAGAAAAUUGAUACCGCUAGAACCAGUACGUAUGGGUAUGCUGCGUUUAUCGUUUUUGCUUGAGACCUGUGCGCCUGGUUCGUUUCCAGAUCCACAGCUUAUUGCCGCCGUUUUGGAUUUGCCGCAAGCGCCACUUGUUGCGCGUGCCACCUUUCUGCUUGAAUGUGCGCAUUUCGUACAUCAAUGCAACAAAGGGCAAUGGCCGCCUUGGAUGAAACACAAUCUUAGCGGCUAUAGGCCAUCGGGCACCAACCUCAAUCUGAAUCAGACCAAACAUCAGGCCACAGCGACUAGCACGCGGCGUACACAUAUUUUACAGCGCGCAGCGGGCAAAAUGUUUCAUCAGAAUUGUUUUUUGAAAAAGUGGGCCGAGAUGCUCGGCGCUCGUCUUGAAGAGAUCAUCUUCACGGAACGUUUACAAUUUGAAGCGGUAAAUGCAACGCUGACCGAUCCGGAACGUCAGCGUGAAUUGCUUCAACAGGACGAAGAAGAGGACUUCCUCGACGAGGCCUCUGUAAAUCCGCAUGGCAACGAUUGUCCGCACGCUUUAAAAUUAAUUGCGUGUGUAUUGCUCUUCGAAAUCACUUCAUUCCUACGCGACACUUAUGUAACGCUGCCAAAAGCGUCGAAGUUACUGCAUCGUGAGAAACAUGCGCCCUGGGAAAAGGUUUAUCGCGAGGCCAACCGUCGUUGGUCGAUGGCGUUGAGUUCUAUGGGUCACUCACAAACGUCAGCACAGAGCUUGCAAUCCAUUGCAGCAGGUAAUGAUGCAGCUGGUGGUCAAACGGAGCGUAAGAUAUCUUUUGUAUUGCACGAACCCGACAAUGAGUCAGAAAAUAGUAGCAACACUACACUGACAAAAGAAGGUGAAGAAGCUCGACGACCCGCAGCUUCGGCGGUGCGACCUUUUCUUUUGCGUCGUGGCACAGCGACUACCACCGGCGGCUCAUUUAAGCGCCGGUCAUUAAAAUUGCGGCGUAACACGAAGGAUGGCAAGGAUUUGGAAACUGAUUUCAAACGCGUCGACUCCAUACAGUCUCGUCGCAAAGUUUCAUCACUCUCUGAUCGCAGUGACACUUCAGAACAGGGUAUGGUCAGUGGAGAGGAAUCUCCUGGCAUACUGAGUGAUGAUCAACAACCCGAAUCGCCAACAGACUCAAACGAGACCGAUGAUACGGCCAAAAAUAUGCCUUGGCUAAAGGCAGUUAUAGACCUAAUCACCAGCUACAACUACUAUUGUUCGCAUAAAGGCUAUUGCCAUCCCUAUUGUUAUAAGCGGCAUAUGCGCUCCUGCACGCGAUUGAUGAAAGCAACGCGCAAGAUCUAUGGCGAAGACUUCGGUUUCACUUUCGAUUACGAACAUCCCACUGUGGAACCGACCGCACCCGUAAGCGCCACUAGUAAGUCCCAUCAAGCACGACCACGUUCUACACGUAAAGUAUCCGAGCAGAGUUCUACACAUACGUCACCUUCAAAACGUAAGGACAGUAUCUCACGCCGCGAUCGCAUAAGCGACGACCCCGAUUUAGAGAUCGCCGAGAAGCUAGCGGACGCCUUUCAUCAGGAGAAAGAGAUGAAGGAGCAAGACGAACCGGCCAUACUGAAGUAUCAACGGUUCUAUAUACGCACAUUAUUCCAUUAUCCGUUCGCAACCAUGCUCAAAGGAGCUGUCAUACUCACCGAGGAAAUGGUUAUUGAGGCAAUGCCUGCCGCUUGGGAGCUCUUGCUCGAUUCAAAUCAAGAUACCGCUUCAGCGAGCGCUGCUGUCUUUUUAAUGGGUUCAGUGAAGGCGCAAAAUUUCGCCUUUGACAUAAUGCAACGCGCUCUGAAGAGCAAGGAUCCAGAUGUGCGCAUCGGCGCUGUACAACGAUAUCUGGUGCUGUGGAAGAGUCGUUUUCAUGUUUGGCCGCGCAUGGAGGAGAAUGCCCAUGAUCUUACUUUCAAGGUACCGCCGGGCGGCAUUGAGUUUACGCUGCCUUCACCAAAAAUAGGCAUCGAAAGCUUACCAGUCGUCGAUCCACCUUGGAUGCCUGUACAGCAAACCAAGGAUAUGGAUGUCACACUUAAUCAGGACCGACACCGUUCGCUGGUAACGGCAACAAAGAGUCGCAAAAUGCAACAGACGGAAGCUAUAAGGAACGCUUUGCGCCAACAACGCGACAAGCAGCGCGCCGAGCGUCAUAGCUUCCUCAUCACCACCAUACCGAUCAGUCAGCAGGCUUCGCAUGAACCCGGCAUGGAGCAUGAGGAUCACGAGGGUGAAGAGGAUUUGGAUGGCACGCGCAUACAUUUACAUCACGCACAUUCACUAUUCCCAUCCGUACUUUGCUCAUCGGUUAUGCAGAUUGUGGGUUGUUUGGAUGACGCCGCCAUUGGCACCGAUGGCAAUGCCGUUUAUGAAAUUGCCUAUCAGGCCAUUUGGGUUUGUCUCGUCGAAGAGUCCGCGCUCUUUCUGCGCUAUGUAUUUGAGCGUCUAACACGCGAUCGUCAAGACCAAAUGUUUAAAUUACUGCGACAUUUAAUACGUUUUGUACCACGCUUGCCGCAACAGGCCGCCUUUGCUUUGUAUAACUCAAUCAUCGGUUAUAUAAUGUUCUAUGUACGUUCAUCGAAUGAGCACAAACAGGAGCUUGUCGGUUCGGCCCUCUCGGUACUAUGGAUGGUGGUUCACAGCGUGCAUGGCAUUAUGUUUAAGGAUCUCAAGCAAAUUCUACGCAAGGAGCAGUGUGAUGCCUCGAUUUUGUUGACGGCAAAUGUACCGGCGGCUAAGAAAAUUGUCGUACAUGGACCGACUGAUGAUGAUUGCAAUAUACCAUCUCAAUUCCCGGUGCAAGAGGACACACUAUUCUGUCAAUUACUGAAGGAGGCUUUGGACUACUAUCCCGUGGAUGAGAAGAAUUUAAAUCAUUACUGUCUGGUAGAUUACAAAAGUAAUAAAAUUCUCAAUCCCAACUGGUACAUACGCGACUUGUACUUCUUCAAGCGUUCGCAAUAUCCCGAAGUUCGAUUGAUACUCAUGAAACCAGAGGAUUCCUUCUUGGCAUUGCAGAAGCAAGAGCUCACUAAGAAAUUCGUCGAAAUUGGUAAGGUGCAUUUGACAUGGGCCAUUUUAAAGAAUGUCGAUAUGGUGGUACAACGUGUCGUCUUCCUACAUGAGGAGCUCAUGAAGCUACCAUCUUUUCCACGCAAAGCGCUCGAAGUGGAUCUGGACUUACAUCAGGGUGGCGAAUAUGGAGUGGUGCUGCUGGGUCUGGACGUGUUGCACAAAUUCAUGUGGGUGCGCUUGAUUGCGCGCAUGUUCGAAGCGAUGGCCGGCAAUUUCGCCUACUCCGCCGACAUACAACUAUUCUUGAAUGUACUUUCCGGGGCAGCUAUACUGCAUGCGGAGGAUUCCUGCAUUAUGCGUUAUGUCAUGGCCACCUAUAUAAAUGCUGCUUUCAAUUUUAAGAAUAUAUUUUCGACGAAUGGUUAUUUUAUGAUCAUGCCGACUUUGUUGCAAGUAUAUUCGUUGCAUCAGACUAAUAAAUUGAUCACCACCACCAUCGAGUAUGCGGUAAAACAGUUCUAUUUGCUUAACCGGAAACCAUUCAUUUUGCAAAUGUUCGGUUCGGUAUCGGCUAUACUUGACACAGACGAAGACGGUACCUACGGUGAGGCGCACAAGGUACAAUCGAGUUGCCUGUUUAACUUACUGCUAAGUUUAGAGGAUCCUUCACCAGAUCCAUUAAAUAUCGCUGAGCUGGUUAAGGAGCCCAAGCCGCUAAAAGCCAUUGACUUUUGCUAUCACGAUGAGGAUGGUGACGUCACCGUACUGGAUUGCAUAACAUUAUGUGUCAUGGUGGUUUCCUACUCCGCUGAGAGCACACGUGGCUACCAAAUGCUGAUCAUUUUGGAGGCUAUACUACCAUGCUAUUUACAACAAAUACAAUCUCCCAGCUACAUACCGCUACAGGGUAAAUCGGAACGUGACAUUAUUCUACAGCUGGCCGUCGCCAUACGAACUAUGGUGCAUAAUUGUGAGGGUUUAGCCAAGAGCUAUAAUGGUCCCUAUCGUAAUAGUCCAGAGCACAAGGGUUCGUCACAACGCAAUUGCAGUCGCGGUCCACCGUGCUCACCCGGUUUGGACUUUGAGGAAGAGUCACAUUCGAAAUAUGUAAAUGAUCCACGCACAAAGAACGUCGCCGAUUCGGGUGAAGACUCCGAAAUGAUACGCACAGAGUAUCGACGUCCACGUGACGUGCUGUUGUCAGUAGUCGGCGAUUUUCUUAGCAAGUCCAGCACACGCUUGGUGGAAUUGUCCAAAAAAUUGCCGAACGACAACAAAGCGACCGAAGUGCUGGACGCCAAGUGUCAUAUGCGUUUGGCGGAGAUUGCGCAUUCGCUGUUGAAAGUCUCACCUUAUGACCCAGAAUCGAUGGCAUGCCGUGGUCUACAACGUUAUAUGCAAGCCAUACUACCGCGCGCCGAGUGGUCGAAUGAUGCAUUACGCAACUCAUUAAUCACGAUACUGCGACGCGUGGACAAAGUAUUUUUAAAAAUCUCUAAGAAACCUUCGAUUCGUCGCAAUACGGAUUGGGAGGCGGCAGCCGGCUUGCUUAAGGGUAUACAUGAGACCAUCGUGCGGCAUCCGUAUGUGUUGCAUUGGCAGCAAAUGAAGACGCUCAUAAGCACGGUGCAAAAUCUGAUCGUAAACGAGGGUACGAGCGCUGGUGAGGGUGUAUCAAGCGCAGGUGCUGCUCUUAUGUCUCAGAAUCCUCCAGCCUUCUUUUGUUCGACAGUGGUGCGUUUGGUAGCGCUACAAGUGGUCAGCCCCGUGGAUUGUUUCUCAUUAGUGCAGAUAUGUGGUGGCAGCGAAUUUGCUACGCAAGAGAAGGCCGAAGGUUUUCUAAUGCAUCUGAUUAUGCCACUGUGCUUGAAGGUGUGUUCGGGACGCGGCGUCUCCGACAUUGGCGAACUAAAAAUGACAGAUGUCUCAUUUCUGCUGACCGUUGUACUGAAUGCUAUGAGCCCGCCGGCCGGUCGCACGGGGCAAGCAGUUAUACAAACCAAUCGUGUAGGCGGCGAUUUACGCGCUGGGUCGUUGACCUUUACUGGCAGUCGUGAUGCCAAGCGACCGGCACGCAUCUCGGGAUCGCUCUAUCAGGCGGCCUUUUUAGCAUUACGUAUUGUAUGCAUUUGCUUCGAGAAUCGCUUGUCGAAUGAGUGGCCGCGCAUUGUGCGUGUAAUGCGCGAUCUGGGACGACGAAAUGAAGCAGCGCCGGAUUUGUGGAGUUUCCUCGAAUUUGUUGUGACGCACCGGACACCCUUGUACAUCGCCUUAAUGUCUUUCAUUUUGCAUAAAAUUUCACAACCACCGAUUGGCGAUCACGAACGACAUAUGCAAUUCUUGAUAAGAGAACGUCUACGCGGCACACCACCUCCGGGCGGUAUCAAGUCAAAGGGUGCCCUUUUGCUGGAACUUGCCCGAGAGCUGAAGGAUCUGAGAGAUGAACUCGAGGAAAAACGUUAUGAUCGCGAGUGCUCGGAUCAAAAGAAAACGGACACACCGGCCGCAACUAGCGCUGGCGAGACGCAUAGAGGGCAACAACGUCCUUCACUGAUAUCCAUAUUCACCGGUACCACCACCGGUCAGGCCACGCACUCACAUGUCUCUGCCGUGCCAAUUGACUCACGCAGCGGCUCCGGUGGCAUUUGUACACCCAGUGACACGCUCUCCCAACAAACACUACAUCCGCCCAGAGAAUCUUUGUCGAGUAGCUCCACAGGACGCGAACAUCACACCAGCGAAAGUCAGAGUGGUGAGAAUGCCGCCGGUUCUGCGCCAACACUGGUGGGCGCCACCGGCACUGUAACCACAGGCUCAAAUCAUGGCACCAGCUCUGCAACCAUUGCUUCUGCGCUGCCACCAAAUGUUGUGUCUCAACUCUCGCACUCCCAGUCCUUGCAACAGGCGCCAUUUAAAGCACAACCACCCAAAUUACGUUUCGUAUCAUCGGUGGAGUUCAGACAUUCCUCUGGUGAGACGUCCACUACACCGCUAUCGCCCGAGAGUCCGGCCGAAGAUAGUUCCGGUGAUCAUACGCGUUCACGUUUACAGCGCUCAAAAGCGUCGAGUCGUAAAACGUUUAGGUUACGGCGUAGCCGUCUAACACCAAUGGAACCGCCAAGUAUUGUAACGCAAAUAUCACAGGAAGAGCACCCGAAAACAAUUGGCGAGAUAUCGUGGGACUCGGUAUCGCAAACUUCAUCCACAUCCGGUUAUCGCGAUAACAAUAGCUUGCAGACCGGCUUGCUCUCACCCGAUGGUUCGCUUGGUGGCAUGACACUGGGACGCUCACCUUCGCAGCACUCUUUGCUAAUGGUAUUCGAGGGGCAUGAUGAGGACACGCUUAUUUAACAAUCACAGUCCAGCCCGACGCAGACUGGGGAGUGAUGCGUGCGUUCGAGCAGUUACACUGCUAAGCUAUAAAAGAAAUUGUUGUAGUUCUUCGUCGGAUGCGUUGAUAU